AUGGACCACGCAACAGGUGCCAUGGGCAGCCUUCUCCUCAAGCUCGGUGAACUCCUCAAGGAGGAGUACGACCUGCAGAAGGGCAUCAAGGAAGACGUCCAGUAUCUUCAAAUAGAGCUGAGGAGCAUGCACGCUGCCCUCCGCAAGGUCGGGGACGUGCCACGGGACCAGCUCGACGAGCAAGUCAAGCUCUGGGCAAGCGAGGUCAGAGAUCUUUCAUACAUAAUGGAGGAUACCAUCGACAAGUUCUUGGUACGUGUUGAGGGCCCUGAGCUUGACGACAUGCCGCACAAGCUCAAACAGCUCGUGAAGAAGAUGUGUGACUUGUUCACCAAGGGCAAGGCACGGCAUGCCAUCGGAAAAGAGAUCAAAGGUAUCAAGGCCAGCGUCCAUGAGGUGGCUGCCCGGCGUGACCGGUACAAGGUCAAAGAUAUGGUUCCUAAUCCAACUGGCCUAAUCAUGGUUGACCCUCGCCUAUCGGCUCUGUACAAGGACCGGAAAGAGCUCGUUGGCAUUGAUGAUUCAUUGAAUGAGCUAACCGAGAAGCUGAGUGACAGGGAUGGUGAUCUAUCCAAGCAACUCAAGAUACUCUCUGUUUUUGGAUUCGGAGGCCUUGGCAAGACAACUCUUGCAAAAGCAUUGUAUGAUAAUUGCCAAGCGCAGUUUGAUUGCAGCGCUUUCGUUCCGGUAGGACAGCACCCUAGCGUCAAGAAAAUUCUCAAUGACAUACUCAAUGAAAUUGAUGGGAAUAAGUGCUUGGAGUUGGAUGAAAGGCAGCUAAUCAACAAACUCCGAGGGUUACUCGAGAACAGAAGGUACCCACCCUAUUAUGUCAUUCAAAAUUCAUCAAGUAGUUUGAGACAGUCCAUAAAUUUUGUUCGAGAUAUUAUACACCAAAGAACGGUUUGGAUAGAACGUCUUGAGGGUCGCUUCGUUACUGAAGAUGUUGCUGUUGAAGAAUCUUGUUGUCUGUGUGUUGUCAUGAUAUGA